AUGGCAUCAGAACGUGUAGCUGAUGUUAGUUUUCAUGCUAGUUCCGGUUAUGAAUAUCCACCGGUACCAGAAUAUGGACCACCACCAGCACCAGUAUAUGGUCCACCAGCACCAAAACCAAUAUAUGGUCCACCACCACAUCCAUCACAUAUAUAUAUUAAUCAUCCUCCACCAUUUUUCCAUCAUCAUCAUCAUCCACGUGAAGAGACUUGGUUAGAUAAAUUAAAACUUAAAAUUGAUUUAUUUACAAUUGGGAAACUUCUUUUAAAAUUAAUAAUUUUUAAAAAAAUUGUUAAAUUUUUCGCAAUGAUUUGUUUAUUAUUAUUCUUGCCAAAAUUAAAAAAUUUAUUUAGUGAAGAUAUGAUGGAAGAUGCAUCAUCAGCUGAAUCAAGAGAUUUUGGAACUGAUAAAGAAAAAUUAAAUGAAACAAUAAAUGAAGUAACAAAAUUUGCAAAAACUGCAAUGGAAACUUUCUCUCGCAAAUAUGAAGGUUGUGAACGUGAUCAAAUUUGGUGUCGUUUUCAACGAACUGUCGAUGUGAUUGAUAAGAAGUACCCUUAUGAAAAAAUUGUUCAACUCUAUUCACCUAAAAGAGAAGUUAAAGCCUAAUAUACCUAUUGUCAUUUAUUUAAAAUAUAACAAAUGAGGUUAAAUUUUUUAUUUAAAAAUGGCCGUAACAAUCAAUUCAAU